CGCAAGAUGUUGCUAAAUCUGAACACAUCAGCUGUGUACAUCACUAUAAAACAGAAUAAUCUUCUCUGUCCAUGAUAAGUUACCACAGGAGCAGAUUCAUCAACUGAGGAAACUUUUAAAAUCAGAUACGCUUACCAAAUCUCAUUUGCAGUGAGAAUGACUCACAUUUUGAAAUGCAUCGUGUGUGCGUUUAUGCAUAUGUGUUGUACACGUAUUGUUAAUGGAGUUAUACCGGGUGGUUUUGAUCCCGAUCCGGUGGUUUCAGGAUUAACAGCAACCUUACCCAGUGGUCCGAAUUCAUACCCGACAAAUGCAAUAAUCCAAUAUAACCGGAUUCUUUGUCCGAGUACUAAUUUUAAUGGUGGAAAAUAUAAAGCUACUAUGGCUGGUAAUUACUUGGUGUCUGUUACCAUGAUGUCAGGCACUGUAACCGCUCACACUACUCUAAGGAAAAAUGGAGGCAUUUAUGUGUGGUUAUAUACUGGUACCCAAUUUGAUAUGGCAACCCAAACUGUCUGCAUGCAGUUGGCAGUAAAUGACGAGAUUUGGGUACAGAUGACCAACAAGGCAUCGAUUCUCUUUGAUGUUUAUAACACUUUCACUGUAGUUAAAUUGCCUGAUUCAGAAAGAAUAUGGAUAGAGUAAAGAUGUUGCAUUUAGACCAAAACAUUAAAAAAAAGAGCAGUGAAUGCUUUUGAAUAAAGUUUACCAUUU